AUGACCAGGCCCUUGAUCGUCAGAGCGGACACGAUUGACUUGCAACAUCACCACGCCCCGUCGACCCAGGAUCACUCCGCACCCCGAGGUCUUACGGGUCAUACGAUAUCCCGAAACCCCUUCUCCAACCCUCCUGUGCUGCUCGCUCCGCACCAGGCCGAGACCCUUCGCGAAGUCGCCCACGAGACCGCCAUCGCGCAAUCCCGCAGUCCCUGGGCUGCCUCCGACACAGACAACGGCCGACCGAACGCUGAAAAUAUUGCCGACGGCAUGGACGUGUAUCAGCAACACCAGCACCAGCAGGACUCGCUGGCCGUCGCCCAGAAUGGCGGCAUGGCCGACGACGACGACAUCGAGGAGGAUGGCGACCUCGAUGACGACAUGAUGGAUCGCAUCUCCAGUUCGCCUUCCAUCGAAGAUGGUGCGUGCAGCUCUGUUGUCACUCCCGUGGCCUGGCCGCGGCGAGUUUCUUCCCUAUCUUGCAUCCCACGGACCCCCUGGACGUCAUUGCACUCGCACCCUCACUCUUCCUCCCCAUCUCCAGCUCCCAGCACAGCAGACACAGAUUCCCUACAGCACAAUCGCAUUGCCCAUCGUCAUCUUCUCUCGGGUGAGUAUGCGGGCCGCAGCCACGACGACGAUGACAACGAAGACGGCGGCAAAAGACACGUCGACGGCUACGAUCCCGCGGUGGACAAGGAUGGCAACGCGUUGGCACACGAUCCCGACAGUCAGCAUGUUCUCGUUGCCAAGGACGACACGUAUUUUGCGGAAUGCGACUGUGACUUUGACUGCAACGACCGGCACCUUUGCGCACACGAGGCAGAUUGUGACCCCGACAUGUCGCUCACGAUACCUUACAACAAGUCCUUUGAAGAAGAUGAUGAUUCCGACUUUUCCCUCCCCGAUGAUCCACGCUUCAUUGAAUAUGGUUGGGCGGCAGAAUGCUUACAUGAACCAGAGGAUAUCGAUUUCGAAUUCGUUUACGCCCUCCACACCUUUGUCGCUACCGUCGAGGGCCAAGCCAAUGCAACCAAGGGCGAUACCAUGGUUCUGCUAGACGAUAGCAACAGCUAUUGGUGGCUGGUCAGAGUAGUCAAGGAUAGCAGCAUUGGCUACCUGCCAGCCGAACACAUUGAGACGCCUACCGAAAGGCUCGCUCGUUUGAACAAGCACAGGAACAUUGAUCUCUCCGCCACCAUGUUGACCGAUCAGCAACAAGUGCAGAAACCAAAGACUGGCUUUUCCAUUGGCAUCAAGAAAAAGGCAACAGUCGCUUUUGCGGAGCCCACCUACCACGACUACUCUGACCACGACUAUUCUUCGGAAGAAGAAGACCUUGACGAGAUGCUAGACGCUACCCAGACGAAGCAACAGUCGGCAUCCGAUGGCGACCCUGCCGAUGACAGCGCCAGAGUAGAGCCGCUCAAGACCAAAUCAUCCAAGGGCGCCAAGCCAUCGGAUCAGACACUAGACGAGUCCUCUGACGAAGAAGAUCUCCGAGGAAGCCUCGACAUUGUGGAGAAGAAGGGCCCCAGCAUAUCUCGCAACGGCAACAUCAGGAACACCGACUCUUUCUUUAAGGACGAAACAGCCGAGACCAAAAAGAUCACCCUUACGCCUAACUUGCUGCGGGAUGACGCCCCUCGGGAGUCCACCGACUCUGUCGGCAAGUCUCGGACAAGCUUGGACAGGCUCGAAAAGGAGCUCAUGUCCGACAAGGACAGGAAGAAGAACAAAGACAAGAAGGAAAAGGAAAAGGACAAGGACAAGAAGCCCGGUGGUCUCCGAGGCCUCUUCUCGAGAAAAGACAAGAAGAGGUCGCCCGACGAUAACGGGCUCGAGAGCGAGCCCCGCGAUAGCGAGGAGCGCUUCUCAGAGGAGCAUUCAUCUCCCGAAAAGGCCAGGCAGCCGGCCAAGCUGCACAAGCCUCAAGCCCGGAUCGAGCCAACCGUCAACAACAAGGCGCCCCAGGCUUCCACCGUGGAGCUUGCCUCGUACUUGGCUGAAAGCCGCAUCAACGACGUCUCCAAUGUCCCCCCGCCCUCGAUGCGCAUCGUCAACCCUGAAACGAACGAGACGCAUGAAGUCCCAUCACACCAGCCUCCUCGUGGCCGCCCAUCUCUGGAUCAGCCGCUUUCUCCCACCUCCCGCCGAGGCGAGGUGGUUCCCAGCCCCAGAUCUGCCACCGCCCCGCGUGCGCUCAACCACUUGGAUCUAUCCGAUUCCGAUGAUGAUGAGUCAGAUGAUGGCGAAAACAUUCUGGAUCGCAUGCCUCAGCCCAACAGCUCCAAGCCCGAGGCCCCCAAGGCAUUCCAGGAGGAAGAGGUGGAAGAGCCCAUCAUCCCGGGCUCUUUCCCCGAUACCAAUCCCUUUUCUCCCAAUUACAGACCUUCCCCUUCACCGCAACCCCCAACCAAGCCAGAGACUCGCCCAGCCGCGGAACCAUCUCCCGUGUCUCCGGUUGCUUCAUCAGAGCCACCCGCUCUUAUGGUAGACACUUCGUCUCCAGAGGACCGCUCACCUUCUGUAUCGCCCUCUCCGGAGCUUACCCAGACUGCGGAGGAUCAAUCCAAGAGCAGCUCCUCUUCCACGGGAAGCAAGGAGCCGGCUUGGGACGACAUGAAGCUUCGUGCCUUUUUCGAUGAGCCCGACCAUAUCCGCGAUCUCCUGGUCGUGGUGUACGACAAAACGGACGUGGUGCCCGCGAGCAGCGACCAUCCGGUUGUAGGUCCCCUCUUCCGGGAGCCGAAUGCCAAGUUGGCAGAGAUAACAACGCAACUUGACAACAUGCUUGGAGAUUGGUUGGCAAGGAAACAACGCACUCGAGGAUCUCGCUGA